GCUUCAAAAUCAAAAUACUUUUGUUAAUCAACCUACUCUUUCACCAACUCACUAUAAAUAUGCAACCAACUUCAUACACUCUUCAUUCAAAACGACACCAAUUAUAUAUUCACCUCUUUACAAAGACUUCUUUCAUUGUCAGCUUUUGUGCAACUCAAUUUAAUUCAAUCUUUGAAGAUGGCAGAGAGAAAUGUUGCUGCUAACUCUUCUAUUGAUAGAACUAGUUUGGCUUAUCUAGAUCAGAGGAUGGCCAUGGCCAAACGCUGUUCUCAUCAAGGUGUGAUGGCUGGAGCUAAGGCUGCUGUUGUUGCUACUAUCGCCACUGCCAUUCCAACUCUGGCUAGUGUUAGGAUGCUACCUUGGGCAAGAGCCAACCUCAAUCACACUGCACAAGCUCUUAUAAUUUCAACAGUGGCUGGAGCAGCAUAUUUCAUAGUAGCUGACAAGACUGUCUUGGCAACUGCAAGAAAGAACUCCUUCAACCGACCCUCCAAUGCAUGAAUUCCAAACGCAUCAUAACUUAGGAUCGUGGUUUCGGAUGCAUUUUUGCAUCCAGCUAAUCUUAAAUUCUUAAUCAACAUUAAGCUAGUUUCGUCCUGUACUCUUCACAUAUGUAAUUAUAAAUAAUGAUUUGCAUUUCAA